CCCCCUCCCUCCCGACCACUCGAGUCGUCGUCUCACUGUCCGAUUCCUCCUCUCGAUCCCCCCGGUUCCCGCUCAACACCGCCAAAGUGUCUUCCCUACUUGUGCCCCGUGCCAUCUCCUUCCCCCCGGACGUCGACGCUGCGUCGCGCCGGUUGACCCCGGACUCCAACAUGGCCCAGGGCAAGGCUGGACGGAGGAGACGGUCGAGUAGUAUCAUCUACCAAGAGCCGGCUGAGUCCAUUGAGCACACCAGUGACCAGGCCGCCCUGCCCAAUCUGAAUGCGAAUUGGGUCAACGCCAAGGGAGCCUGGACCAUCCACUUCGUCCUGAUCGUUUGCCUUAAGAUCUUCUACGACAUCAUCCCCGGCGUCUCGCAGGAGACUUCAUGGACCCUCACCAACAUCAGCUAUAUGUUCGGUUCCUUUAUCAUGUUCCACUGGGUGCGGGGUAUCCCCUUUGAAUUCAACGCUGGCGCGUACGACAACCUCAAUAUGUGGGAGCAGAUCGACAAUGGAGAUCAGUACACUCCCACUAAGAAGUUCCUCCUCUGCGUCCCUAUUUGUCUCUUCCUCCUCAGCACGCAUUAUACCCACUACGACUUGACGUAUUUCACGAUCAACUUUCUCGCUACGCUGGGGGUGGUCAUUCCGAAAUUGCCAUUUUCGCACCGUCUGCGAAUAGGGCUCUUCUCCGAUAUACCGGAAGAGUAGCCGCACUCUUUCUUUUUCUUUUCCGUUUCCUUUUUGGCUUUUCCCCAUUUACUUGCCUUUAUUCCCUUAACACUUACCUUGUGUGUUUGUAUUGCUUCUUACUACUACUAAACUAUUACUUAUCCGUUCUUGAUAAUAUUCUCCGCUUGGCGUCGCUGUCUCUUUCCUUGCCCUCUCUCUCUCACUUUCUCUUCCUCUCUUUUCUUUCUCGCCUCGCUUCUUCCCUUGUCUAACAUAUCUCUGUUUCAAUUCGCGGGUUCACACCCAGGAACUGGGCGGC